UAAUAACCGGUGAAGUAAACAUGCCCUAACUUGUUUCCCAAUAGCCACCUCUGAGAUUUCCUGAAGUGAAACCGUCCACCUCCUUUCGUUCUCCUCAAGAUAAUCCAAAGCUGAGAUGGAAUCCGAUUAACCUGGAAAGACGUGUAUCCUUCACCGAUAGCCCAUUUCACCGCUGAGAAUAUCGCCUGCAGCUCAGCUUCAAGUGGCGAUUGAGCUUGCACCGGAAAACUAAUCGCAGAAACAAAGCCGCCCUUCUGGUCGCGCAAGAUUGCACCUCCUGAAGCCCUCUCCGAUUUAAAGGUAAAUUGACCAUCAUCUUCAGCUUGCCAGAAAACUGUACCUUAGGGAUCAACAUCACACAGUUCAGAAGCUUGUUCAUUGGCUGAGCAGAUUCUUCUCCACACAGCAGAAUCUGUAAUCUUAGGUACCAUAUCUCACUUCCCCCUCUUUUAAGACGGAAAGAUUCAUUGACAAGUCGGAAGGGGUUUCACCAGUUGGGUAUCAACUAUCACGUUUGAUGAGAUUUUUCCUACUUUCAUUUCAUAAGCCUUUGGUAAUUAGCUUUUACAGUGAUUUCGGCCAUGGUUACAAUGUACAUUUCAUCACACCAACUCAUGGUAACUUAACCCCGUUUCUGAUGCUCCUAAUAGAAUCGUUUUUCUUCGAAUUGUCUUCCCUCAAACCAGCUCCUUCUUUUUCAUUGAGAAGAAGGGGUUAAUCUGGACAGGUAUGGAAUGCUGAUAAGUGAUGUUUUGAUGUGGAGAGAUGUCACAAAUCAAGUCUUUGGUUUGGUUUUGGGUCUCUCUGCUUCUUAUCUUCCUGUUCUCCAAGUGGAAUUAACUUUAACAUUUUCUAUGUUAUGUCUCAAAUGGGACUUCUCUUUCUAGCUGUGUCAUUCAUCUUGAAUACUCUCCGGCCAAGUGAUAAUUGUGACAAUGAAGCCAAAGUAUGUAAAUGAUGUUGACACAGAUGAGGAAUUAGUAAUGCACGGCUGCCAGACUUUAAUGGAUCCGUUUGCUUAAUCGUCGGUCAAACAUCGUAAACUGCAAUGGGACAAUAACAAGGGGACAUGACCCCUUAAGUAUGUGCUUACCUCCGGGGUAUUUAAUACGAAGUACUAAUUGCUCAAUGUAGUAUUGGCAGCUCUAAUGACAAUAUGACAUUUUCAUGUAUUCCAGAGCCAGUUAACUAUAAGUUUUCCUGGUCAGAUUUAGUGGUUAGGAACAAAGACCCCAUUUUCCUCUUCUAGAAGCAUUACUUUCUUCUUCAUUCUUGAAAGAUCCUCUCUUGAGAAAUUUGAAGGACAUCCUGGCUUUCCAAGCUUUUUCUCCCACUCUGACACAGCUUUUUCCAAAUUCACAUUCCUCAAGACUGCCAGCGUACACCUCAAACUCUUAAUAUUUUUCAUAUGCAAUUUUGUAACAUGUUCAGGCCUCAUUUUAAACAACUUCUUCUCGGUAAGAAUGUAAACAAGCCAAUACUUGCUCAUAUCACUAAAACUCUUUAUAAGAGCUCCAGUAAAUGAUGGAGACGCACUAGAAGCUGUAAUGUCAAUCGGGCCACAAGCUUUGAUGCUACCAUACACAUUAUAUCUCUCGCUACUCAUUCUUCCACCUUCACCCUCAAGGUCCACAACCAUCUCAUCGGCAUAACUAAAUAUCUCAAACCGCCCUUGGGUAGGCACCUGAUUUCGAACUGGAUACAACCUGACAACUUCUGCCAGAUGUACGUAAAAAAUUUCACAGGCCUCACACAACUAGCUUCUUGGAUUGCCUUGAUCAUGUGAAGAGGGCCAACAUUCUCUCGGGGCUUAGUAUUAUACUUCCCGUUGUACUCUUGCAACUCCACAAGUCAUCCUAUUAGAAAUCCACGUGACCUCUUAAAGUGAAACUUUUCUCCAUCCAUUGUUAUAAAGCCCACUACAUACAAUGUCAUUUUAGCUAUCAAGAACUUAACCCACUCAUUACCGUAUGCUACCUCAACCUCAACCAAAGGAUAGUCUCUUACCCAAUUCAGGUUUUCAAUUUCGUCAAACGCAGUCCUGUCCCUGCAUCCCAUAUAUUUCAACCAGCAAAGAAGUUCAAUAUACUUUGCGCAGUCCCUGCAUCCCAUAUAUUGAAAAAGUGGAUCAUUAAUGAUGAUAGGGGGAUUAACACAAAGUAUAUUGAACUUCUUGCUGGUUGAAAUAUAUGGGAUGCAGGGACGGGACUACGUUUGACGAAAUUGAAAACCUGAAAUGGGUAAGAGGUUGUUCUUUGGUUGAGGUUGAGGUAACAUACGGUGAUGAGUGGGUUAAGUUCUUGAUAGCUAAAAUGACGUUGUAAUAGAAGGACUUAUGGAGCUGCAAGAGUACGACGGGAAGUAUACUACUGAGCCCUGGUAGAAGGUUGGCCCUCUUCGCAUGAUCAAGGCAAUCCUAGAAGCUAGUGAAAGCUAAAGUUGAGGCCGGUGAAUUAUUUUAUGUGCAUCUGGCAGAAGCUGUCAGGUUGUAUAUAGUUCAAAAUCUGAUCUUGCGUACUCUGGUGCCUACCCAAGGGCGAUUUGAGAGAUUUAGUUAUGCCGAUGAGAUGGCCAUGGACCUUGAGGGUGAAGGUGGAGGGAUGAUUAGCGAGGGAGAUGAUGUGUAUGCUAGCAUCAAAGCUUGUGGCCCGAUUGACAUUACAGCUUCUAUUGCGUCUCCAUUAUUUACUGGAGCUCUUAUAAAGAGUUUUAGUGAUAUCAGCAAGUAUUGGCUUGUUUACAUUCUCACCGAGAAGAAGUUGUUUAGAUUGAGGCAUGAGCAUGUUACAAAAUUGCAUAUGAAAAAUAUUAAGAGUUUGAGGUGUACGCUGGCAGUCUUGGGGAAUGUGAAUUUAGAAAAAGAUAUGUCAGAGUGGGAGAAAAAGCUUGGAAAGCCGGGAUGUUCUUCAAAUUUUUCAAGAGAGGAUCUCUCAAGAAUGAAGCAGAAAGUAAUGCUUCUAGAAGAGGAAAAGGGGGUCUUUGUUCCUAACCACUAAAUCUGACCAGGAUACCAUGUAAGGUUUCUCUUCAAACUUAUAGUUAACUGGCCCUGGAAUACAUGAAAAUGUCAUAUUGUCAUUAGAGCUGCCAGUUCUACAUUGAGCAAUUAGUUCUCCGUAUUAAAUACCCCCAGGGGUGGAGGUAAGCACAUACUUAAGGGGGCCAUGUCCUCUUGUUAUUGUUCCUAAAUCCUAACCAGAGGAGAAGAAGAGAGAAAGAUGUCCUUCAAAUUUCUCAAGAGAGGAUCUCUCAAGAAUGAAGCAGAAAGUAAUGCUUCUACAAGAGGAAAAAAGGGUCUUUGUUCCUAACCACUAAAUUCGACCAAGAUACUAUGGCUCUUCGUCCGCGUAUGAGUAAACUGUUUCCAUCAGAUGCAAUAGUGGUGUUCACUGUUCUCAUUGGUCGGGAGAAGUGGAAACAAGUGAACAUAUGUGGCUCAAUAAAAGUGUCAUGCGGCGGCUAUGAUGAGUUCGACGUCUUCAAAAAAGAUGAAAAUGAUGUUACGUGUUGUCCUCCCUUAGAAAUCAAGGGAUAUGUUAAGUUUAGUGCUGAAAUUCUAAACUAUUCUUGAUAUCACGAUCAAGGCUUAUGCCCGGUUAUUCAAGGUGAAUAUGGUUUUGCAGCUUUACAUUAUACCAUAUUUUCAAAUGCUGUGCAGACUAAUUUGAGGGUCAUCUAUAAACAUCAGAAGAGAAGGGUAGAUACCGAUGUUGCGCCUUCAACGGUGUAUGGGAGUCUUUGUGCUGAAAAUAGCUGACUUUGAGUACUUGUCACAGUAUGACAAAGAUUGGUAUAGAACUACCCUUUUCAAUAGAAUUGGGGAGGAUCCGACACAACUUGAUCGUGAUGGUGUGAUUCCACUCUCACGGUCCGUUGUCAUCGUUCCUUCCGAUUCAUUUCUUGAGAUUGACGUAGACCUUACUUUGUCCAACCGGAGGCUGCAAGCCUGCAAUGCAUCAGCAAGAUUAAUAUUGGUGUAAGUUCUGCAAGCAUUGAGUUUGAUGAAUGUGUUGUUCAAUUUGAAGGUUGUUCAAUGAAGUGACAGAGUAAAAAUAUGAUACAUUCCUUUAUAUGGUUGUGAGUCUUCUAUGCAGAAGGUGUGUUACUUGUAAGGAGGCUUCAUUACUCUAAUUUGUAUUGCUAUUAGUAUAAAGUACUACUCCGUACAAUUUUUUGUUAAUUUGCUAUAAGUAACUUUAUUGGAAGAAAUUGGGGAUUGGCUUUUUUUCCACAUUCCCUUUAUCACUGGCAUUCUAUCUCUCGGAAUCCAUGUCUGCCUUAU